AUGAAUAAUCCACAAAUCUUACGAGAAGUACGCCUGUACUGUCGAAUUGGGUCUAGAGGACGUAAAGUUAGUGCAAUCUUUGCUAGGACCCACACGUGGGGACCCUGCAAUUGGAAACCGCGUAAUCCUUAUAAAAACAAAACGUCCACCUGCGACCUGAGUCACAAGACCGAAGGGGUUGUUUUUCGAGAAUAUUUUCACCAAAUCGUCACUGGCAACCUCAUCACUAUCGCAAAACGUACCGACUAUACAACAAAAACGACAGUAAAACAUGUUUGA